CUGUUGCCCCGUUGCCCCGUUGGGAACCCCCCACCGACCCUGUAUUUUCGCCUUGCUUCCCUCCACGGUCCUUUCUUCGCGCCUCUUCCCGUUGACGGAUGCGCGCAAGACCGUGGCUCGACGGUGUUCUGAGCACAAACCCGUAGCGCCCGACAAGCGAGCGAUGGCUGGUUUCAAUCCGCAGCCCGACGAAGGUUACUCCGAAGAUCCUCUGACCGCCUUGUCUGCCGCGCCGUCCUUCCCCUUCAAGUCUCGCGAGGACGCCGUCUCGGCACUGGGGUCAGCUCGAUCACGCGACGAGUUUCCGCCAUGGUUGGUACAGCACAUUUCUAGUCUCUCGCUCACUCGCAAGACCGAACUUGCCAUGGCCAUCCUUAACGACCUCCCCACGACCGUGAUCUCUCAAAUCGUCGAAAACCUACACCCCCGCCUCUACAUCGAUUUUGUUCGAUACCUGCCUCCCGAGGUCUGCCUCAAGAUCCUCGAGUACCUCGAUCCCCUUUCACUCAUUAGUGUCGCGCGAUGCUGCCGGGCAUGGUACAUUCUCGCGCUGGACCGGAAGCUGUGGGAGCAGUUAUUCUUUCUAGAAGGAUGGAAAGCAGUACCAGACGAGGUUUUGCUGGCCGAACGGGAGAUGAACGGGCCUUCCUCCUCGGCCACCCACGGCGUGCUGCGACGGAUGCAGUCCCAAGACGACGGGCACGCGCAUAAGAAGCGCGCCAUCUCCCUAUCACCGAGGCUUGACGCCGAUACGGACACGGUGAUGAUCGAUGCAGGGAGCGCGGUGAGGCAGGAACCAACGGAGAUGGAACCAGCCGAGACCAGUAUUUUUGGAGGUCCAAGGAGACCUGUUUUGAAGAGUGGUAUCUCGCAGCGCAUGGGCGAUCUCGACAUGCCAAGCGCGAUAUCGAGGUCCAAUUCCAAGGGUAAGGCAGCGGACAAAGGGAAGGGAAGGGCGCUCCCCCCUUCAUCCUCGGAGCCCUCACACGCCAGACCCUCAUUUUUGCAAACGGUGAUGGAGCCGCCACGCCUAGCCAGGUCGGGGCUAUGGGCUUGGGACGGAUCGUCAACACGAUUUAAGAUCAACUGGAAAUAUCUCUACACGAUGCGGCGGCGGCUCGAAUCCAACUGGGAGCGGGGCCGGUUUGUGAACUUCCAGUUUCCACAUCAUUCCCAUCCCGAGGAGGGUCACGAAGAGUGCGUCUACAGUCUCCAGUUCAACUCACAAUACCUCGUCAGCGGGAGCCGGGACCGGACGAUCAAGGUGUGGAACAUGAAAUCACGGCGAUGCCUUCGUACACUGGCCAAGCACAAGGGCUCGGUUUUGUGCUUGCAGUUCGACUCGGACCCCGAGGAAGACCUGAUUGUUUCCGGCAGUUCAGACUCGGACGUGAUUGUCUGGAGGUUUUCGACGGGGAAGCCGAUCCAGACGCUAAAGCAUGCCCACCGCGAAUCGGUCCUCAAUGUCAAGUUCGACAAGCGCAUUUUGGUGACAUGCUCCAAGGACAAAACCAUCAAGAUUUUCAACCGCAAGCCACUCCGCUACGGAGACCUCGGCUACCAGGAGGUGGACCCCGUCCCGACAAAUGUGAAGAACUAUGGCUACAACCUCCCGAUGGCGCCCGACGAUUUCCCCGUGACCCCGGCGUGGACGAUGAUUGGAAGUCUGGAGGGCCACAGCGCGGCUGUCAAUGCGGUCCAGAUCCACGAGCGUGAGGUGGUAUCCGCGAGCGGCGACCGGCAUAUCAAGGUCUGGGACUGGCCAACCCAGGUCUGCACUCGGACAAUCGUCGGCCAUAGCAAGGGCAUCGCUUGUGUGCAGUAUGAUGGCCGCCGCAUCGUGAGCGGCAGCAGCGAUAACGAGGUCAAGGUGUUUGACCGCCAAACCGGGCUGGAAGUUGCCAACCUCCGUUCACACUCUAACCUCGUGCGUACGGUCCAGGCCGGUUUCGGGGACAUGCCUUACAGCGUCGAGGACGAUCUGGCCGAGGCGAAAAAGGUGGACGAGGCCUAUUUCAAGGCGUUGGAGUCCGGUCUACUGGAGGAGCGGGAUCGCCCUAGGUCGGGACGGCGCCCCGGUAAUGCCGGGUCCCGGCGACCGGAGGACAUCUGCGCUUAUGGGGCGAAGCUACCGCCCGGCGGUGGCGGCGGCAAGUACGGGCGGAUCGUCAGUGGCAGCUACGACGCCAGCAUCAUCAUCUGGCGGAGGGAUAAGGAAGGCCUUUGGAAGGACCAGCAUCAUUUCAAGCAGGAGACAGCCGCCAUUGCCGCCCUGCAGCACGACCGGACGGGUUUAGUCCCCCUGCAUCCAUCUGUCCAAGGUCUCCUCAGCCGCGAAGCUCUAAGGGCAUUGAGGGCAGCCGGCCCCAUGCCCUCAACCACCGCACCCAAUGGCGCAGAAUCGUCCACGACCACACCCAGCGCAGCGUCUCGCUCACAAACCGCCAGUGCGCCGCCCGGUACUUUGGGAGGGCCGACCUUACCCCCGCUCAGCGCGCUUACGAUGGAGUUGGGUUCGACCGAUUUUUCGUCAGCGGGGCUUCAGCAGCUCCGCCAUAUCAUCGACAGCUCGGUCCGGGGAGGCCAACAAGGCCUAGAACAGGCUAUCGCAGCACACCCGGCGAUCCUCGUCCACCGUAGCUACGUGGAAGCCGCCAUUGACCGCCACCAAAACCCUGUCGUUCGGAGCCAGUUGAGGCAUACAUACUCGAACGCCUUGAGCAGGGCACCAUUCGAGCAGGCACGGCAAAGGCGCGAGGCACUUCGGAACCAAGAAACCGUCGCAUCCAGCUCCGCGGUGGGGGGUCAGUCUUCGACCGGGGGAGCCACAGCCGCCCAGACAGGUGCUCAUCUGACGCCCGCCCAGUUGGCGGCUUCAGCGGCCCACCAGGCACAUGCGCAGGCUCUCCAUAGGGCGCCAAUUCAUCAGGUAUCCCCUCCCGUUCUUGGCGUUACUCCCGCCGCCGGCUCUGCAACUUCUAGUUCCGCCCCCGUCGCCGGAUUCCCUGCGGUCGGGCCUAGUGCUGGCCCCGGGCCCAGUGUGACCCUCUCCGGCGCUACCACCACGCCGCCCCAGCCCCAACUCCAAGCGCAAGCGCAGCAUCAUCCGCACAUUGCCCAGGCACCUGCCCCCUUCGAGGUCCACGACCCAGCUAACCCGGCGCGGGUGUUCAAGCUGCAAUACGACGCUCGGCGCAUCAUCUGCUGCAGCCAAAGGAGUGUGAUCGUCGGGUGGGACUUUUGCAACGGAGACGCGGAGCUGGAGGAGGCGAGUCGUUUCUUUGGCCCUGUGGAUUAGGUCGGCCGGAAAGGUGUUUGGAUGGACUAGGGAUAGCAUAAUACCGGGUUCCAGGUUGGGUUCAAUGGGCACACUACCAGGUUUCUUUCUCUCGAGCAACAUGAUUGACGAUGUAAUGGCAGGCGUUGUAGACCUCCAGGAUUACCGAGCGCGACCUGU